CCCUCGCAGUUACUGUUAUUUUUCUAAGGGUUUGCUUCCCAGUUGUUAUAUAGUUUGUUCUGCUACUUAUCAUUUUUUAUCAAGGGAAAAGAUGGAGGUUCUUUUUGCCAUUGUCGGAUCUCUUGCUGCUAAAGCUGCUGAGUACACCGUCGAUCCCACUGCACGACAACUUGGUUACUUAUUCAAGCCCAGGAGCAAGUCUCUGAACCUCCAGAGUAAAGUUCAAUACCUGAAGGAUGCAAGAGAAAGGGUGCAACAAUCUGUUGAAGCGGCUACCAGGAAGGGGGAGUUGAUUUUUGAUGAUGUUCAAAGGUGGUUGACAGUGACCGAUGAGAAGAUCUCCGAGCAGGCCGCAAGGCAGUUGCGGGAGGAUGAAGAGAAAGCAACCAAGGGGUGUUUCGUCGGCUUUUGCCCCGAUUUCAAGUCCCGUUAUCAGCUUAGCAGGAAAGCGGAAAAGGAGGCCAAUGCCAUAGCUCAACUCCUGAGUGAAAAGGAUGCAUUUGAGGAUGUUUCCUACCUUCCUGCAGUUGAAGUGACAGACAUUAUCAGACCUGUCAAAGAGUUCGAGGCCUUCGGAUCAAGAAGCGUUGCUUUUGAUGGGCUCAUGGAAACAUUGGAAGAUGAUACUGUCAGUAAAAUUGGAGUGUACGGGAUGGGGGGUGUGGGUAAAACCACACUUGUCAAAGAGAUCGCCAGACAAGCCAAGGUGAAACUGUCUUUUGAUGAGGUGGUCUUCGUAGCUGUAACACAAACUCCAAAGACAGUAAAUCUUCAAAAUGAGAUCGCCAAUCAGUUGGGAAUGAAACUAGACAACGACCCAAGCCCUGAUGUGCGAGCAGCCCGGCUAUGCGAUCGACUGAAGAAAUCCAAGAAGGUUCUUGUCAUAUUGGAUGAUAUCUGGGAGGAACAGGAAGUGGACACACUUGGAAUUCCUUCAGCAGACCAACACAGGGGAUGCAAGAUAUUGAUGACAUCUAGGAGGCUUGUUGUGUUAAAAAGGAUGGAUUCUCAACCAAACAUUUCAAUUGAAACAUUGAAAGAAGAUGAAGCUUGGAAACUGUUCAAAAAAAUGGCUGGUCAUAUUGUUGAAUGCUCUGAAAUACGAUCUAUAGCAGUUGAGGUUGUCAAAAGAUGUGCAGGAUUGCCAAUCGCUAUUGCUACAAUUGCAAAGGCUUUAAAGCCUAAAGAUAAGUUGUUUGAAUGGAGGGAUGCUUUGCGACAACUAAGUAAGCCCUCUAAAACAAAUUUCGAAGGCAUACCAGCAUAUGCAUACAAAGCAAUAGAGUUAAGCUAUAAGUUUCUAGAAGGUGAUGAACUUGGGCCAAUCUUUUUACUAUGUAGCAUAAUGGGUCAUAAUGCUACCGUGGAGGAAUUGUUGAGAUAUGUGAUUGGUUUGGGUUUUAUCCAUGAUGUUAACACCAUGGAAGAGAGUCGAGGUAGAGUAUUGACAUUGGUAAACAAUCUCACGGCCUCUUGUUUGUUACUCGAAGAUUCUCACCCAAACUGUUUUGACAUGCACGACGUUGUACGUGAUGCUGCCCAAUCCAUAGCUUCAAGGGAUCGACAUUGGCUAGCUUUAUUCAAAGAGUUGCCAAAUGAGAAGAAAAUGAAAGAAAGCCAGCUGAUAAGCUUACAGAAUGCGGAGGUCAAUGAGAUUCUUUAUCAUGAGUUAGAAUGUCCAACCCUUAAUUAUUUCUCAAUUGGUAUGGAUCGUUUUUCAUCUUUGAAAAUUUCAAAUGACUUCUUUAAGGGAAUGCAACGACUCAAAGUCUUGGAAUUUGGUAAAACAAAUUUUACAACCUUGCCUUCCUCUCUUGGUUUUUUGAAAACUCUCUGUACAUUGCGUUUGAUAGACUGUGAUUUAGAAGAUAUAGCCAUCUUUGGAGAGUUGGAAAACUUAGAAAUCCUUGACCUCCGUGGAUCUAGAAUGGAAAUGCUUCCAAAGGAGAUAGGACAGUUGACCAGGAUAAAAUUACUAGAUUUGACAGAAUGCCGCCGUCUUAAAGUAAUAUCACCGAAUGUGUUGUCAAGUUUAUCUAGAUUGGAAGAACUAUAACUAUAUUAUAGCUUUGAGGAAGCAAAGCUAGUCUUGUUGAGUUGCAGCAUUUGUCUCGUCUAACCACUUUGGAAAUACAUAUUCGUCAUGCGAAAGCCAUACCAAAGGAUAACUUGUUUCUCGGAAAGAUGAAAAGGUUCAAGAUUUCAAUUGGAAAUGAGAUGUGGAGUUGGUCUGAUCUGAAGAGGGUGGAAACAUCAAGAAUGUUUUAGCUCCGUAUGAAUAAAAUUAUUCAUUUGGUUAAUGGGAUUAAAUUGCUGUUGGGAAAAAUUCAAAGUCUAUAUCUCGAGGGAUUGGAAGAUGUUGAGGAAAUGCUGUAUUACCCAAGUGUUGAAUCUUUUGGGCAAUUAAGAUUCAUGAAAGUCAAGAGCUGCCAUAGGUUAAAGAAUUUGUUCUCAUUUUCCAUAGCUAAAAGACUUCGCCUGCUUGAAGAACUUGAGGUAUCAGAUUGCAAGAACCUCACAGAGUUAAUUGUAGAAAAGGAAGAGAUUAGCAAGAAUGACGUUUUGGAAUUUAGUAAACUAUGCUUCUUAAAGUUAGAAAGACUGAAUAAAUUUAAUGGCUCUGGGCAUUCAAAAAAUACAUUCCAAUCCGUCACAUGGCUUUUUGAUAAAAAGGUUUCCUGUCCUGCUUUGGAGGAGUUGAACUUAGAGGCAGCAUAAGUGUGUUCCCUAAACUUGACUCUGUGUCUCUCUAUGGGCUUCCAAAAUGAAAAAGAUUUUGUAGUGGAAAUUAUCCAAUUGAAUUUCCCUCGCUAAGGCAUUUAACGCUAAAAAAAUGUCCUGAAUUUAAUACGUUAUUUUGUUAUAGUGGUGGAAAGAGCGAUGAAGCACCGCCAAAUUAUAUCUUCAGUGAAAAGGUUAUACUUCCUGUGAUAGAGAGAUAUGAAAUUUAUGAAAUGGACAACUUGAAGAGGCUGCAAUGGGAAGGCAACCUUAACAGCACCAUACAACACCUAUUCAGAGAAAAGCAUGCGAUGAAGGAGGAAGGUGAGACUUCUAAAGAAGAUCAAAGCAAACCUUCUACUUCUAACGCUCAGGUAAGUCUAAAUACAUUUUAAUUUAUUCUUUUGCUUUUCUCUAUCAUAAAUGAUACUAAUCUCUCUUGAGGAUUAUUAAAUGUAGAAUCUCACAUAGGAAGUGGAAAAUUCCACAAAAG